GUGCGCGUCGUCGUGUCUGUGGGUUGGCUGGUUAUUUUGCAAGCGGGAGGGGCCGUGCGCGCUCUUGCCUCAGGCCUCUGUCCCCCACCCCCUUCGCCGGUACCGGUCUCUUCUACAGAAAGAUGUCGGACACGGCAGUGGCUGACACUCGGCGCCUUAACUCGAAGCCUCAGGACCUGACUGACGCUUACGGGCCACCAAGUAACUUCCUGGAGAUAGACAUCUUCAAUCCACAGACGGUGGGCUUGGGCCGCGCGCGCUUCACCACCUAUGAGGUUCGCAUGCGGACAAACCUACCUAUCUUCAAGCUGAAAGAAUCAUGUGUACGGCGACGCUACAGUGACUUUGAGUGGCUGAAAAAUGAGCUGGAGCGAGAUAGUAAGAUUGUAGUACCACCACUGCCUGGGAAAGCCUUGAAGCGGCAGCUCCCUUUCCGUGGAGAUGAAGGGAUCUUUGAGGAAUCUUUCAUUGAAGAAAGGAGGCAAGGCCUUGAACAGUUUAUUAACAAAAUUGCUGGGCACCCACUGGCUCAGAAUGAACGCUGUCUACAUAUGUUCCUGCAGGAGGAAGCAAUUGAUAGGAACUACGUCCCUGGGAAGGUCCUUGGGGAAAAGGAUUGCUGAUUCUGGUGUGACCCUGGUCAGAGAGAUCAGGAUUAGAUUUUGACAUGGGACUUGGAGCCCAUCUCAGUGUUGAAGAUCCUUGAGAUAGAUUAACUCUCUAGCUGCCG